AUGGACCUGUUCAAGCAUCUGGAGACUGCUCUGCAGACCACCGCAGCCCAGGUGGUCGAUGGCAACCUCCUGGCGCCAGAGUUUCCCACAAGCCGCGCAGCCACGGGCCCGCAGCGCCCGCCACUGAGCGCUGCAGCCACCGCGGCAGUGGCCACCAGCGCGGGGGCUGCUUGGGCCGCCUUUGGCCUUGAGGGUCGUAAGGCGCCGCUGCGCCGCGCUUUGGAGCAGCUGGAGGAGGGCGUUGCUUCAGGCAGGGGCCAGGGCAUGCUUGAUGAGCUGCGUGAGCACGUAGCGGCGCUGCUCGAGCUGCCUGAUCCCUUGCAAGCACUGGAAGGGGCAGCAGCGGCGACCAAGCGCGCAGCAGACCUGGAGACGGAGCUGCGCCAGCUGCAGCGCGACCUGAAGGCCGCCCGCGCCGAUGACGCAGAAGUGCAGCAGCUGGUGGAUGCGCACGAAAAGGAGAAGGCGGCAGGGGCGCGCGCACGCGCGGACCUGGAGGCGGCGCAGGCUCAGCUGGCAUCUUUGGAGGCAGCGGCGGGCUCCAAGUUUGAGAGCGAGAUUCAGCUGAGGGCCAAGGCACAGGAGGCUGAUAAGCUGCAGGUUGCCUUGGCCAAGCUGCGGGAGGACUACGACGCCUCACAGACGCAGCUGUUUGACGCUCUGGCAAAGCAGGAGGAGGCCAACGGCGUUGCGCGCACUGACGAUCAUGCCGCGGCGUUGGAUGAGAUUGAUCAGCUGCGGCGCCAGGUGGCCGGCUUAAGUGCCCAGCGAGUGCGGUUGCAGCAACAGGUGCAGCAGCUGUCGGACCAGUUGCAGCAAUACGCAGAGGGCCCCGCACAGCAGGAUGAUGAUGAAGCUGGUGAGGGCAGCGGCGUCGAGGCCCAGUCUCCACAGCGGCAGCAUGGCCUUCUGUCGCCUCGCAGCUCCGUGCUGGGUGCGGCGCGUGAUGCUGAGCGGCUGCAGGCACGCACUGAGCUCGACUCGGCCCUUGCGCGGCUGCGGCAGGCCGAGCACCAGAUGCGCCUGCUGGAGAGCCGCGCCAACUUAGCGGAGUCCCAGGCCUCGCGCUUGCAGAGUGAGGUUCAGCGGCGGCCAGCGCCGGAGCAGUACGCCGAGGCGACGGCGGCGGUGGCUGCGCUAUCUGCGCUCGUGGGCCGGCAGCUGGAACAGGAGGGCUGGGAGGCCGGUGCGGCGCAAGCCGCUGUCACGGCUUUGGCUGUUGACCCUGGGCACCUGCCGGCCCAGCUGCAAGAGCGGGUCAGUAAGCUCUCGGACGCGCUGGCCACAGCUGGGCGCACCACGGACGCGCUUCGAGGUGAGAGGGACGCGGCGCUGCAGGAACUGCAACAGGUGCAGUCUACUCUAAAAGAGGCGCAGGAUGCUGUGAGGCAGCUUGAGCAGGACCUGGUGGUGGCGUCAGCCUGUGGCGGAAUCAGCCGCGAUGAAGCCGCCGUCGCGCGAGCCGGUAGCGCUGCCGACUCUGGGGGAGACCUUUCUGCUGCCAUCCUUGAGUGCAACUCGCAAAGGCUGAUGGGACGCGCAGCAGCGUCGGCUGACAGCAAUGACGACGGCGACAGGGGAGGUGCUGCUGGCGGUGAUGGAACCAGCAGCAGCCAGCUGUUGAGCGUGGUGGUGCGGCAGCGGGACCGUUUUCAGCGCCGUAUGCUGGAUCUGGAGGAGGAGUGCGGCCGUUUGCAGCAGCAUGCCGCCGAGCUCAAUAGCGGCAGCGAGCGGCUGGCUGCUGACAAUGUGGAGCUUGUCAAGCAGAUCAGGUUCCUCAAGACCAGGCAGCUGGCCGCCUCAGCAGGGGCAGGCGGCGGGGCUGGGGGAGGUGGCGGCGGCAGCAGCGGUGCCGGCGCCACCAUCAUUCGUGUGGACAGCCUGGGGGUGCAGCAUGUGGAGUCAAAAGCUGCGCGGUAUUCGUGUGGACCGGUGGCGUUUGAACUGGCUGGACGGCGGAAGCGACAGCAAGCUGGGCAGGUUGCUAACCUUGCAAGUGCUGCCGUGGGGGGUGCUGAGGCCCGCUACGCUCCCCAUUACGAGCGGGCGGUCAACCCCUUUGCCGAUUUCCAG